CCAGCUUCCUUUCCCGUGUUUAUUUCCGGAAGUAAGUUGUUGUCAGUGUCAGACUUUCCAUAAGGACUAUUUGCUUAAACCUCAAAUCCACCGCACCGGAACCACAGGUGUGUCCACGUCCACAGGAUGGCACAUUGGUUUCACAGAAACCCACUGAAGGCAACAGCGCCCGUGUCCUUUAAUUACUAUGGAGUGGCAGGGAGCCCCGCUGCCAAUAAGAUAUGCAAUGACCUGAGGACAAACAGGGCGAGACUGCUGGAGAUGUUCACUGAUGUCACCUGCAACCCCGAGAUGAUGAAAAAUACCACGGAUGCAUACUUCUCCCUCCUCCAAGGCUUCAUCUCAUCCUUGGAUGGAACUACUCAGGAGAACAAGAUGAGGUUCAUCCAGAACUUCAAGUGGACUGACACCUUACAAGGAAACACACCAAGUGCCCAGCAGGAUGCGGUCUUUGAACUGGUCUCCAUGGCCUUCAACGUAGCCCUCUGGUACACCAAGUUUGCCUCGAGACUAGCAGGGAAAGAAAACGUGACGGAGGCUGAGGCGAAAGAAGUUCACCGGAGCCUGAAAAGUGCUGCUGGUAUAUUCAAAACCCUCAAGGAGGUCCACAUCCCUCGCCUCAUCACCCCAGCCGAAAAGGGCCGAGACCUGGAGCCUCGAGCGAUGGAUGCAUACAUCAUCCAGUGCCAAGCAGAGGCGCAAGAAGUGACGAUUGCCAGAGCGAUUGAGCUGAAGCACAACGCCACUCUCAUCGCAGCGUUGGCGUUUGAGACGGCGAACUUCUAUCAAAAAGCUGACCACACGUUGAACACCUUGGAGCCAGAGUGCAGUGGCAAAUGGAGGAAAUACUUUCAGCUGAAGCAGCACUUUUACAUGGCUUAUGCGUACUGCUACCAUGGACAGACGCUGCUGGCCAGUGACAAGUGCGGUGAGGCUAUACGAUCUCUCCAGGAGGCGGAAAAGUGUUACUCGCAUGCCGAGGCGCUGUGUAAAGAGUAUCGUCAGACCAAAGGGCCCGGCACCACGGCCAAACCAUCGGAGCAGCUGUUCUUCCUCAAACUGGGCGGUCUCAUUAAGAACACACUGGAGAAGUGCCAGAGAGAAAAUGGCUUCAUAUACUUCCACAAGGUCCCAGUUGAGGCGCCCCAGCUGGAGUUGAAGGCGAGUUACGGCCUGGCUGAGCCAAUCCCCUUCGAGCUGCCACCCCUCAGUGAGCAGUGCUCUUCUGAAGUCUAUGCCACCUUUGACCUGACCAAGGGAGCCAAAAAUGACAAGGCCAAGCCCAAGGAGGAGGAGGUGAAACCAGUGAAGGAGCCAGAUCUGAAGCCUCAGAAGGACACGGGCUGUGUCCUCUCCUAAACCAUCCACUUGUCAGCCCUCAUGCUUCAGUACCAUCUAUUGUAAUGAUGGCAUCCAUACUUAUUUUCAUGUAAACCCUCCAUAGGGAAAAAAUGUAUAUAUUCUUUUUCAUUCGUGGUGUUUUACGCUCCUGCUGAAACGUGCGUAGUGCAUUCAGGUGUGACAGCCGUUGUCCUUGCAUUCGAAGCCAGAGCCUUAACUGCUCACAGCUGCUCGUAAAGCAAAUCCUAAAACAGUUUAGAAAAGACGGGAAGCUCUUGAGUAAUUCACUGUCAGCUUAAAUGCUAACUUCAAAGGAAGGUCUUUACAUGAGGGAAUUUCUAAAGUACAACAAUUCUAAAUGAGCCUUAUUUGUGAAGCAGUCUUAUUAAUGGUGCCUUUGGCUACAGAGUUAACCUGCUCACUGCAGCCUCUUACAGAAGAUGGGUUGUAACCUUUUCUUCGGCACUGGAGCACUCUGGCCUGGUUAUAGACGACUCAGAUAAUGGAAACUGGCCUGUUAAACAUGCUGGAAGAAAUGCCCUCAGGACAUGGAUUUACAGAGAAAAUAUGCAGCAGAACAGAAAAUAUCUCCCCACUACAUAGAAUAUGAUCCAACCAUCCACAAUGAGCAGCUGCAGGAGAUUGCAUUCCCACAGCCGGCCUGUAUGAUCUGCGUGCAUUUCAAGCCGAUAUUAAAACACACUCGUGAUAAUCAACAGGGUUGAAAUGUAAAUCAGUAGUGGACGGACAAAAAAAACGAACAAAACCGCAUGUGUCAUCACUGGGCAUAUUUGGUUUGUUUUAGCUGUUGCAGUUUACAAUCAGUACUUUAUUUAGAUCACAUGACGUAUAUAUACAGUUCUUUUUACACAUGACAGCGGUUUUCUGUGUUUUUUUUUUUUUUUUUUACUUCUACUAUUCAUAUAGGAAAAGUUUUAUUACUGGAUGAAUCAUUCUUUAUCAUGCUUAGGGAUUCUUUAUUUAUCCCCUAUAUUAGUAGUUUAAUUUAUUUCUAUUAUGUAAUAUUUUAGUUGAAAAUACUUACGACAGCAUAUACAAUCCUGUGUGGCUUAUGUUUUCGGUGUUGUUGAUUUUCAUUACUUAUGUUGCAGUGGCUGCACCUAUAUAUAUAUAUAUAUAUAUAUAUAUAAACUUAAAAAAAAAAAAAAAAAAAUGAAAUGCUUACUCUUGUGCAGUGUUCAGUUGCUGAGAGAGUGCUGUCGUUGACACAGUGUACGUAGUGUGUACCGUACAUCUGUGGAGUGUGUUCCCCUUCCUUAAAGACAGAGAUCGGGGCAUGAGCGGUAUCGGAUCACACAAACAAUCGUGUCUGAAGUUAUCUUAUGUGCUGCUGCCUUACAGAAGUCAAACAUUCUCCCACAGUUAAAGCGUGACUAUCAAUGGCUGAAAAACUUUGUAAAAACUCCAAUAUACUGCUCACAUGAACUCGUUUGUGCCCCGACAAGUAUAAUAGCUCACCUGAGCUAGACUCUAGCGGUAGUGAAGAUCAAAAUCAAGCGGUGUCACACUAAAUUUCAUUAUAGCACAUGGUAACGCCGUUGCACUUUAUACCCAGCUGUGCGGCGAAGUUCAGUGUGGAUCGGAUGGUAACAUCAUGGCUAAGGCAUGUAACCAAUGGUCAUUACACCUGGAACAGCAGGUUUAGAGUUGUAGAAGUAAGACCAACGCUAGUCCUUUGUUUAUUUAAAGGGUGUGUCAGAUCACCAUUACAGUGUACACUCUCCUGUAGCUCAUAAUUCCUCCUCCAGCAGUGUCCGUCAUGUAAAAUGUAUUUCUAACGGUAUUAAAUCAUCCAUACAAAGUCCA